AUGGCCGAAAAUGCAACCUGCACUGUCGAGGAGUUCACCCGCACCACAUUCGACUAUGUCAUCUGCGGCGGCGGAACUGCAGGACUCGCUCUCGCAGUGCGCCUCAGCGAAAACCCCGCUGUAACCGUCGGCGUCAUUGAGGCGGGCAAGUACCGUAUUGGAGAUCCGCUAGUUGAUACUCCUGCGGCCUUCCCACAGAUGUUCGAGAAUCCGGAGUAUGAUUGGUGUUUGUAUUCGGUGCCGCAGGAAGGCAACCGUGGCUUGACUCACCAUAUCCCGCGGGGAAAGCUCCUCGGUGGAUCCAGCGGCAUUAAUUAUAUGAUGUACGUGCGGGGAUCAACGCAAGAUUAUGACGACUGGGCGGAGCUGGUAGAGGACGAUGGGUGGUCUGGGGAGCAUAUGCAGCAAUAUAUGCGAAAGCACCAGACUCUUGAGCCACUUGACCCAUCCAUCACCGAUCGCUCCACGAUGCCACUCGUAGGCGAGUUCCAUGGAACGAGCGGGCCCAUCCGCACCGGCUUCAAUGAUUCAAUCAUGCCAGUGGAGAACGACAUCAUAAAAGCCUGCGAGGAAGUAGCCGGCAUCACAAACAAGCCAACCGACCCAUGGAGCGGCGACCACAUCGGCUUCUACCACACCCUCGGCGCAGUUAUUCGAACCGGCCCGAACAAGGGUAAACGCAGCUACGCUGCAAGAGGAUACUACGAAGAGAAUCGCGCCACUCGUCCAAACCUCAAAGUCCUCUGCGAGGCCCUCGUUAACCGCGUCGUACUAGAUGAUAACAAAGCCACCGGCGUAAGCCUCACACACGACGAAGUCGAGUACCAAGUCUCGGCACGGCGCGAAGUAGUCGUCAGCGGCGGGACAAUCCAAAGCCCCCAGAUCCUCGAGCUAUCGGGAAUCGGCGCCCCGGAAGUCCUAAAGGCUGCCGGCGUCGAGUGCAAGGUCGCCAACAGCGGCGUCGGCGCAAACGUCCUAGACCACGUCCUCACCCUCACCGUGAUGGAGGUUCAGCCCGGCAUCGUCACACUAGAUACCCUGUCCCAAGUACCCGAGGCAAUGGCAUCUGUCGGUAAACAAUAUGCCGAAAACGGCAACGGGGCACUCAGCUCCGUCGCCAGCAUGCAGGGUUUCUUCCCGGCGAAGUCAAUCAUCUCCGAGACAGAGCUGGCAGAGAUCAUCCAGAGCAUUCGGGAUAUCAAACCGAAUAGCGCGUUCCACGCGAAACAACUCGAACAGACUAUCGCGAGCCUCGAGGACGACCAUUCUGCCAAUAUGCAAUUUGUGACCGUGCCAAGUUCCAUGAACCCAGAUGCCGUAGGUCAUCAGAGCAAUCUACUUCUACCGCGCCCGGUUGAUCGGCCGGCUGGUUUGACAUUCGCGCUUUGCCUGCAAUACCCCGUGUCUAGAGGGUCUAUCCAUAUUGAGAGUGCAGACCCAACUAAACCCCCUAUUAUCAACCCCAACUACGCCGGCCACCCAGCAGACGUCUCCCUUCUAGCGGCGUUCCUGCGCUGGUGCGAUAAAGUCACGGAAUCAGAGCAUGUGAAGUCUUCAUUCCUGCGGCGUGCACAUCCGGAGCCCAAUAUCAACUUGCAGGACAUGGAAGCGGCCCGAGAAGCGGUGCAUGACGUCGUCGCGGGUGAGUAUCAUAUCAGCGGGUCUGUUGCUAUGGGUGAUGCGUUAGAUAGCAGAUUGAGGGUGAAGGGCGUUGAGGGACUGCGUGUUGUGGAUGCGUCGGUGUUCCCGAAUAACGUUUCUGGGAAUAUUGCUAGUAGUGUUUAUGCUGUUGCGGAGAAGGCGGCGGAUUUGAUUCGUGAGGAUUGGGAUUUUAGCGCCGCGAAGGAGACCAUCGCGUAG